AUGUCACAUAGAUCAUUAUACAAGGGCAAAAGGUUUGAUAAAGAAGGUACAUCGUCGGCUUCGUCUUCGCGGGCUCAAUCAGCCAUUGGAACGCCAAUACGGUCUGAUGACUCUGAUUAUGAAAGCGAUUAUGAAGAAGGCGAGUUACUUAAAAUUGAAGAAAUCUUGCGAGAGAAACUUAGCAACUUGAACCAACAAGAUAUGGGAGAAAUGGCUAAAGAGGACCGAAUAAGUUCCGGAGAUAGACGUCAAUAUGAAGCUCACCAGUUGAAUAAUAAACGGAUUCAAGAAAAUUCCAAUAUUAAUGAGAUUGUUAAAUCACUUACUUUUUCACGUACUGAUAUCAGUUCGAGGUCAAGGGAACUCUUGUUGGCGCAACUUUAUAAGAUUGUUGUUUCUAAACCAUUGGUUGUUUACAAUGAAGAGAAUUUGGGCAACCGAUUGAAUUAUGUUGAUGAAGAUACAGUCAAUACCUUGAUCAAUCAGUUUACUAGUGGCAAUUAUCGAAGCGAAUUGGAGUUUUUAUACUUGUAUCGGUCAUUAGUUGCUUUAAUUUGCAGUGAUAUCGAUGAAUUUGGCGGGUUGAUUAGCAAUGACUUGUUAACCAAGAUUAACCAUUUGAUCACUGAGCCAACAAAUAGUUUAGUGACGGCUGAGAACAAGGCAAAUGUAAUAUUGGGAUACACUGCAUUAACUGUGGUGCUACAUAAUGGAUCUUCAAGUUUUGGAGUCGAUGACAAGGUCAAUAUGUUGAUGGAGAUAGCUGAGGGGUAUAGUGCUAGUGCAUUAGCUUUGCAAAAGGAGGUGGAGCAAGGUGAUCGUGAACAUUCUACAUUUAUAACUGACAAGAAUUUGGAUAAAAGAUUGGUAAAUGAAGCCAAUGCCAAAGUAGUGGCGGAAGCGUCAGUUGCGGUUGCUGCUAUACACGGCGUGGGUUGCUUAUUAACCUUAUUGCGUCGAGGUGAAUUUAUGAAUGAAGUUGUUGAAGAUUUAAUGGUGAAGUUGGUACCACUUUUGGAUAAUGAUGAGAAUAGGGAUAUUGCUAAAGCUGCAGGAAGGAGCAUUGCUGUUAUUUAUGAAUUAUACGAUUACAGAAAUGGUAGCCAAGACGAAGAUGAUGCUGAUGCCGAUGAAGAUUACAAUUUGAAUUCUCCCUAUUAUGAGCAAGAGUCAUUGAUAUCGAUAUUGACUCGAUUACUCAACUUGUCAUCAAAAAAAGUAUCAAAGAAGGAUAAACGCGAGAUCAGUUCAGUGUUUAGAAAUAUCAUCAAUACUAUUGAAACUUAUACUGCCAGUGACAAAAGACUACAAGUUUAUAAACGCACCGAGGAAGGUGCUGAGCUACUCAAUAGUUGUGUUGACACAGUGAGUAUUAAAUUGUCGAAAUAUAAGCAAGUGAAGGUGAAUACAUGGUUCCUUGCCACUAGAUUAAGACAUUUGAAGUGGUGCUUUAGUUUUGGAUUGCAUAGUCAGUUGGUGGCUAAUGAAUCAAUCAGAGAUGUGUUGAAAGAACCAGAAAAUGAAUAUUCUUAUGGAAGUGCUGCUGCUAAUGGUAUUAAUAUUGAUGAUAUUGAUGAUAAUGACGUAUUACAUGAAUACAUUGAUCAGAAACAUUCAAGUGAUGAGAAGCUGAGAAAUGAACGAAGAAAGAAGGAAAGGAUGGCCAAGAUUGAUGAUCAAUUGGAAGGGUUAAAUUUGAAUACGUAG